AUCGCGAGGCUAAAAGAAACAACGUGUGUUAAAAACCGAAAAAAGAAAGAUGGUGCAAUUAAAAGAGUAUACCAAAGACGAGAUACAGAGGACAAAGGCUGCCGGGAAAGUAGUAAUAAUUCUACACGAUAAGAUCUACGAUGUCACAGAAUUUUUGAAUGAACAUCCAGGUGGUGAAGAGAUUCUUAUCGAUCAUGCAGGAAAAGACGGUACAGAAAAUUUCAACGAUGUCGGCCAUUCCCAAGAUGCUCUUGAUCUAAUGAAUAAAUAUAAGAUAGGCGAACUCGUAGAAUCAGAAAGAACUAAUAAGCCUUUAAAAAAAGGUUGGGUCGCCGGUUAUAAUAACAAACAACCGGAAAAGGAAAAAUACGUUAAGGGACCAGGGGCGCCAUUUUAUACCUUAAUCGCCGCCAUUAUGCUUUUAGCCGCCAUUGUAUUUUACAAUAUGUCAUGAUUAUCGUAAGAUAAAGAUGAUAACGAUUAAUUAAUAUCAUCAUCAUCAUCAUCACCAUCAUCAUCAUCAUCCUGAUUAUCAUCACAUCGUGAUUUAGAGAUUUAUGUUUGUAAAAAGAAAAAGAAAUUAAAAUAAUAAAAAAUAAAUAAAUAAAUAAAUACAUAAAUAAAACAAAAUAAUUUUAGCGUGUUUUUGACUUCAAGGAUUCUACAUUGCUGCGAUUAAAGAAAUCAUUUUAAAAGAGAUUGUAUACACAUACGAGCGCACAUACUACACACAUACAACCCUUUUUUAAAAUUGUUUCGUAUCACUUGUAAUUAAUAGUAUACGAACGUAUUAUAUUUAUACGUAUAAGUAGAAAAAGAGAUAAUUUACAAUGAAUAUAUAUGUGUGCGUUAGUUUUUUCUUUCUUCUUUUUUCCCCAUUUUGUUUUCUUAAUAAUUAUUCUUUAAUAAUUCUUUAAUUAUUACUAGCUGUAAUAAUAAUUAUUCUUUAAUUAAUUACUUACGAGUUUAUUUUUUUUGUUUGUUGUCAGAUCUAAUAAAAGUACUUAUUCUUUAUAUGAUAAAAAAAGGAAGACAAAACAAAAAAAAACAAAAAGAAAAAAAAUAAUAAAACUGCGAAUUGAGAUUAAAUGAAAAAAAAAAAACAAAAGAAAAAAGAGAAAAUAUAUAAAAUUUUCUACCGAGUAUUUUUUGAUAUAUCGAAUAUUUACUAAAAAGUCAUUGCAAUAUCGAUUAGCAUAUUAAUUAGAUACAUGCAUAGAUUGUAAGAAAUAAAUCUGUUAUUAUAAAAAAUGAUGAUUGAACAGUU